UUUUGUAGGCAAUCCACUCUAUCUGGGGGAACUAGUUCGCCAUAACGGUCACUAAUGUCAAAAUAUUUGGGUCUGUUUUUGCAUAUCUAAGGAAAUAAAAUGUAAGAAUGUGUCCGCACGCUGUCCGGGAAUUGCUGGUGCUGCUUACCAUGGAGAUUUACGUGGACAAUUUUAUGAGCAAAGGCUACGACACCAUAGCCAAAUGCCAGCGAAUUGGUGCAAGGGAUCUGAAGAAAUUGGGAAUUUAUCAUCGAAGGCAUCGUAAACUGCUGCUGGCUGGUGUACAACUAAUGAACAACGCUCCAGAUCGCUUCAAAUGCUCUCAGCCUCAUCACAGUCGAAUGCUGGAGAAGCAAGAAAUUAAUCAGUUCGGGUCCAGUAGCUCUGAAGACUCUUCUGAUAGUGAAGGUGAAGAAGAAGUGGACUGGUACGCGUCACUGCUUGGACCAGGUCGAAACUUCCAUCCCAAGACAUCAUAAAACGUCAGCCAAACUGUUCAGCACCUCCUACACAUGCGCAGCUUGUCCGGACUGGGCCUUCAGGAAUGCUACAGAUGCACGCAGCCCAUUCCAAGUAUAGGAAC